AUGUCGUCGAUCAACACCGACUCCAUGGCUUCCACCAACCCAGCUGUUCCUCCUUCUACCAGCGUCAAUGGCACUGACGGUCAGCCCAAUAGCCUGACCAAAGCCGUUCCGCACAGGCGUUCGAUCGAGGAGCGUGCUGCCUUUCGCGAUCAGAUCGCCGCCGCUUCCGCCAAGAACACCAAGCCACCGAGCAAGGUGCAAGAACGCCUUGCUCAGAACUACGCUAAGCAGAAGGCCUCGCGUUUCCGACCCUCCAUCACUAAGAGCAACAACUUACCUGCUGUCGGAUCGAAGAACAACAAGCAGGGUGGAGACAAGAGCAAGCUGAGCGGAGACAACAAGAAGAAGGUCGGAGACAUCAACAAGAAGGUUGGAGACAGCAACAAGAAGGUUGGAAACAACAACAAGAAGUUUGGUGACAACAACAAGCAGGGUGGCAACAAGAACGAUCAGAGUGGAGACAAAACCAAGCAGACCGUCUUAGUUGACGAGAAGCCGAUCCGACAAGUCCCUGAGGGUCGUGAAGCAGCUACCAAGAUGUGGACGGAUACUCGUAACGCUUUGGCCGAGCGCAGCGAGUACAUCAAGUCGACUCAGGGUUAUGCCGAGCAGUGCGCGAGCAUGGCGGAGGACGAAGGGGCUCGGAAGGAAGCUGGAGGUGGAGCCGAAGUCGAGCCCAGAUACAUCACCACUUACAGCAAGACCACCAUCGAGGAGGUAGCAGGCAAGUCAGGUGGUCGUCGUAAGGUCACCGAGGUCGUGAAGUACUAG